AUGACUCAGGAUUUUCAUAAGGACACUGGUUCUCCUGUGGGUGCGUUAGUUUCUCAAGAUGUUAACAGGUCUGAUGACUUGAAGCAGCUCUAUCCAGAGCCAUCACAAUGUACGUGUUAUGUCCUGGAAGAUGUUUCUCUCAGUGAGCUUGGGAACAGUCUGACUGAAUUUCUACAUAUUCAAGAUGAUAAAAAAUUGGCAUCAAGCUCCAAUUUAGUUCAACCUGCCGACAAGACUGAUAACUUCAAUGUGGAGAAGAAAGAUAAAUGCAAAGAUCUAGAUCAAACUGAACCAACCACUGUAACUUCUGAGAAAUUUUUUCCCAAAUGUGCAACAUUUGCAUGCUCUGGUAAGAAAGCAUCCCUUGCUGUGUCUGCAAAUGUGGAAGAUGACAUAAAUGCUGCAGUAUUGAAGAAAAAUGGCCAUGAAUCUGUUAAUCCUACAUGCCCUCAAUCCAUAUCCUUGCCUACUCCUUCAAAGCUAGUAUCUGCCAUGAAGGGUAGCCGUGAGAAACAGGGGAUGACACCUCCAGAGAAACUGACCGACAGAUGGGCGCCUGAUGUGUAUGAUCCUCCUCCAUCAAUAUCUACAUCCACAUCUGGGAAGAUCAAGAAACCACGGCCCAAGAGUGAAAGUAAGAGGUAUUAUGAUUAUAAGAACGGAAAGAACAAGCAGAAGGGAAAACCUUCUAAAGGGAGCAGCAGUAAGGACAAGAACCACGUUUGA